AUGUCACAUGACUUUUUAGAUGCAGACAUUGAGUCAGACGAGGAGAACCAUCAACAACAUGGACAUCAUCCUUCCCGGGCGAACAUCCAGAGUCCGACUUCCAGCUGGUAUAUCGGACGUAGACCUCGAACCGCCUUCACUAAUCACCAAGUGAAUGUUCUGGAAGCUGUGUUUCACGUCAACUGUUAUCCAGGCAUCCAGCUUAGGGAACAUCUGGCUGGGAGACUGGAUCUGGAUGAGGACCGCAUACAGAUAUGGUUCCAGAACCGGCGGGCCAAACUAAAACGAUCCCUCAGAGAGAGUAGACUGAGGAUGGUACAGUCGGCCGUUGCUGACCUCAGGAUGAAGGUCAUGGGUCAGUUGAGGAGCGAUGAUCUGCAAGUGGAGGAUGAGAAGGAAUGAGAGUGAAAAUAAGAAAGGGGCGGGCUCAUAUUAGACUCAUGGCUUGUCAAUCACAGGACUCAGUGACAUUCACAUUGUUGUCCUAGCUAACUAAAAUACACCAUUUGUAUUGUUGUAAAAUUGUUAUGUUGCCAUGAUUAAA